UGUCAAUGUCACACUCAGCUGAUUUUAAUGUUUGACCAAUCUAUUGGGAACGUAAACAAUAAUAUAAUUAUUAAAUAAAAUUCAACCUAAAAGAGUAAAAAUUAGAUAAUCCAUGGAUAAUGAAGAAGCGACUGCCUCAAACCAAAUGGGAGAGUGUUCAACGUAUGACGAGAAAAAGAAAGAGGAACAUGCGAGCCGAUGGAACAAUUUGCAAAGAAUUCGACUAAAAAAGCAGCAAAUCAUGAAGAUUCCUUUGAGCGGAAAACUGCAAAGGCUCUCCGUCUACUCCAAAUGUCAGGUUGCCGGGUGUGAAUGUAUCGGAUGGAAAAGACCUGAAAAGUCCGAAGUUCCAUUGCCAGCCCCUGCCUUCGAGGACCCUUGCAAAUGUGAACAUAGCUUAGAACACCAUGUUUCCCAUCUAAGAUCCAUGCCUUCAGACACCAUUAAUUGGCUUUUAAGCAUGAUGAUCGACGUGGACAUCUUAUACUCAGCAAUGCAAAGGCAAGAGAACCCGGAAAAUAAGAAGGUUUACCUGUAUUUUUAUAAGUUGUUAAGGCACUGCGUUUUGACUCGUGAAAAACCGGUUAUCGAGGGUCCCGUGGGUCAACCGCCCUUCGAAACCCCUAGCAUUCAAAAGGCCGUUACUAACUUACUAGUGUAUAAGUACUCGCAUAUUGGGCAGGAGCUGAAGCACAUGUACGAACUGGUUAAGAUACUGUUUCACUGUUUGAACACUUGGGAUUUCCCUACACCGAGCAGUCAGAAGUAUAUCGUCAGUCCGGAGGAGGCCACUUUGUACACUAUCGAGUACACUAGAUGGUUGAUGUUUUGUUAUGUGCCCUCGUUUUGUGACUCGCUGCCCCAUUAUGACACAGUCGACGUUUUCGGUCGAAGAUUACUCAAAAGUGUCUUUAAGUAUAUCAGGAAACAAAUGAUGGAUCAAUUUUAUUUGGAAAAAGAAACAAUGACACCAGAGCGAAGGGUGAUGUUAUUGAACAACUUUCCUCCUUUUCUUAAUCAACUGGAGGAGGAGAUUUACUCCCCGAAUUCGGCCAUUUGGGAUCCAGAUUUCGUUGCGCAACCCGUCAGUUUUCCUUUGGAAGCGGUUAAGACUAAUCGGGGUAUCACCACAGCUAAAAAGGGAGAGUUCGAGAAACUUACCGGGGGUACUUUAGGGAAGGACGGAUUUACGACUGUCACGGUUGCCUCAGGCAAGGCACUGAGACCCACCGAAACUCCCCAGAGGGAAGUGAAAAGGAAGAAACUCGCCCAGGACGAAGUGUUUGAGGAUCUUCCUCAAGAAACUGUGGACGAAAUCACGAGGAUUAUUGACGAUCCUAAUUAUAUGACCGGCACCGAUCUGGUAUUCUCCGAAACAACUGCAGCGACAGACGAAGCUCCCAAACUGGAAGAAAAGAACGGAAUCAUUCAACUUCAUUUAAUAGGAAACAGCCUCACCCAACCGGUCACCAAACAAGUCAUGAUCUGGCUGGUGGGUUUAAAAAACGUAUUUUCUCAUCAACUACCCCGGAUGCCACCGGAGUACAUUUCUCUAUUAUUGUUCGAUCCCAAACACCGAACUAUCGCCCUUAUAAAAAACAAUCAGCCAAUCGGAGGAAUAUGCUUCAGACCAUUUUUCACGCAAGGUUUCACCGAAAUCGUGUUUUGCGCUUUAGUAUCGCGCGAGCAAAUUAAAGGUUACGGCACCCACAUGAUGAACCAUCUGAAAGAUUAUCACGUGUCCAAGGGUAUUUAUCAUUGCUUGACCUUCGCCGAUAAGGAGGCCAUUGGUUACUUUGAACGUCAAGGCUUUUCCGAUCACAUCAAACUGAGUCCAUCAGUGUAUCAAGGCUACAUUAAAGAAUACGAGGCGGCGACCUUGAUGCACUGCGAACUAAACCCGAAAAUUAUCUACACCCAGGCGACUAGCGUGCUUCAGAGACAAAAGAAGUUCAUUAAGCAGCUGAUUUAUCAGCAGCAGAAAACGGUGUCUAAAGUGCAUCCCGGAAUAACGUUUUUCAAAGAUGGGGUCAAAAGUAUCCCGGUCGAAUCGAUACCCGGACUAGACGAAACAGGUUAUAAGCCAGCCACCAGGGUGACCCGAGGGCAACUGUUGGAAGAGUCGCAAGAUAUCGAUACGUUGACCAAUAUGCUUCGGAAUGUUUUAAAUGCGGUGAAGGCUCACGACGCAUCCUGGCCCUUCAGGCAACCGGUGAACAAAGCAGAUGUCACGGACUAUUACGACCACAUCAAAUACCCCAUGGAUUUAAAAACGAUGACGGAAAGACUGAAGGCGAAGUAUUACGUUUCGAGGCGACUCUUCAUCGCCGACAUGAUGCGAAUAUUUACCAAUUGUAAAUUGUACAAUUCGCCCGAGACCCGGUACUAUGAGUGUGCCGUAACACUACAGCAGUACUUUCAGACCAAACUAAAGGAGCUUGGAUUGUGGGAUAAAUAAGUCAUGGAUAUUUUUUUUUGUUUCUGUCUAGCUUGUAUCUAUUAUUAAUAUAAUAGGUAUGAGUUUAAAAACCA